AUAUGAUGUACCUACUCGCUUGAAUAGUGUUUUUUGCCCUGAUUCCGCCAUUAUUAUUAUAAAAAAAAUCUCCAUUGUCAUUAUUAGGUGUAGCUGUAAACUAUUAGUUCAACAAAUGUGAAGUUAGUGAAACAGUGCAUGAUGGAUAUGUAACAAAAAGUGUUUUCUAAGUGUAUCAUUUCCUGUUUCAUAUCGUACAGAAACAAGCAACUGCGAUUACUAGCGUACUCUUCAUUAUCACGUGGGUCAAAUUUCGAAUUAAAUUCGUAGACAGAAUGUGUUUUACGUGUUCAUUGUUGUCGUCCAAUUGUAAAUGGAAACGUUGAACUCAAAUAAGAAAAGACCGGCUAGUAAUCUGUCCUAAACAUUUUGUAUUUCAGAAGCGCGCCGUUAUUUCGACCUGUCUGGACAAUAGCGCUAUGGAACCGGCCGGGGAUUGAUUCCCGGGAGAAUGUUAUUAGUGGAUUGUGCGUUGCAGUGCUGUGUCAGUGUUGUGAAAGAAUAAUUAGUGAGUGUUACAUAAGGGACGGUAUGUGCGGUAUCGGGAGCCCGCCCUGACGCCCCGCGCCGCGCCGGCGUUCGUGGCGGGCUAAGCGCGUGACAUGGCCCCAGCCCUGUCCGCGACGCCUCGCACCUACGACCCUGUUGACGAUCCGGAAAGGGCUGUAUCUCUUCAAAGACGGGCGCUCGCGUCCGUCGAUAAUAUCGCGUCCCACAUGGAGGAGGACGACAUGGGACUCCAGAACCAACCUAGCCUUGCCAAAGACUCCCAAGAAAUGGAGCAGAUCCUAGUGGACUUGGGCAGCAGUGAUAUAGCACAGGCUGAUUUGCUCCAGGCCAUCAAAACGUUGGAAAGUGGGGGUGAUAGUUUGUCAACAGGAGACCCUGAUGGUAUAUUCCCACUAAGUGGAUUUGAUUUGGCCGAUACUGCUGACUCGGAAGGGGAUGCAGCUGAGGAUAAAAUAAGACUGAUGCAAGCUCGUCUUGAACGCAGAUGUGCCUUUUUGCAAAGACGGUUAAGGAUACUUCAAGCUCGUGCAAUUGGGAAGAGAAUUUCUGAAGAAGCAGCACAAACAUUUGAGAAAUGUACUCGUGCUGCGCGGAAGGAUGGUGGUGGAAGGCCAGUUGGUUUAAAAGCAUUCCUGAAGAAGAUAGAAACUACAGCAACAUUACAAGCCAGUGCAGCAUCUCGUUCUGUUGUUGGUCCCAAGUAUUACCGUGCUGGGACAUCAAAGGGAGACGCCACUCGAUCUGCUUCAGUGGGAAUACCUUCUGGAACCCUGACAGGCCUAGAGGACACAGCUGGUGCCUUACGUUCACACCUAUCAAUAGUCAAACAUGAGCUGGACUCUGAUGCUACUGCUUCAUCAUCAGGAGCUGAAAGUAAUGAUGAAGCUGUUGUAUACAACAAUUCCCAACAACAACAUAUGCCCAUUGAGAAACGCGCAUUGUGGUCUUGGCAGAAGACACGCGCGUCCAUCGCUUCUCGCUGGUGCUGGAUGCAGGCCCAAGUCCAGGAGUUGGAGUACAAGAUCAGGCAGCACAAUGACCUCCACAAGCAGGUCAGAGAGGCAAAAGGUCCAGUGGAGUUUGAAGGUGAACCUGUUGGCUAUGAAGGAAAUCUUCCUGGUUCUGAGCUACCGGAUGACGAUCGCGCAACAGCAACGUGUGCUAGAGUCCGGCCACUGCGCAGAGAGACCUUCAAGAAACGGAAAUUGUUGCAGAUGCAUAACCUGCAUAUAGCUACUAAUAAAGCUGCUAAACCAUCAGAUAUAAGAUGUGCGUGCUGGCGGCGCGUGGAGAGCUGUGCGGUGUGUACGGGGCGCGGGGCCCCGCCGGAGCCCGCCGCCUGCGACCUGCCGCCCGCCAGGAACCUCGCGCGGCUCGACCCCGCACACCACCCCGUCCUCAGCGAUCUCAGAGACGUAUCCCCAUCUAUACACAUCGCGGCGCUGAGUUCCCGCGCGUGGUUCAGGCCCCGAAUGAUGCGCGGAGGGCGGGGCGGCCACGCGGGCUCGUCCCGAGCCGGCGCCGGGCCCGGGCCCGCGCCCGGGGCCGCUCCCGGCGCCGGGUCCGGGCCCGCCCCCGGCCCGGCCCCGGGGCCCGGCGCGCGCGGACACUCCCUGAUCACCCACAAGACCGCCAAAAGGCCGCCCACUAAACUGAAAAGAGGAAGACCACCGCUGUCCAGAAAAAUAAGAGACAGGGAGAGAGAAGAUGAAACAGGGACAUCAAGUCAUGAAAGUCGCCGUGGUCGUCCGAGCACAGAGAGCAGAGUUCGACGGCCGUCGUAUGAUAUUGAUAACAUCGUGAUCCCACAGAGCAUCGCAGCCAACACGCGACCACAGAUUCUGACAUACAAGGAGAUCAUCACGCCCAAAUGGCGACUCUUGGAUAUACCUGAAGUGCCGCUGAAUAAUGGUAUUAUGAAGUCAACCAACAGAAUAUCUGUAGAGAGUGAGGAGGAGGACAUAUCGGAGGCUGCUGUGCGGGAGCGCCACGUGCGUGCAGAAGGUCGCGAAAGGGCGCGGUACGCGCGGCGCCAGAGACCGCGCCGACACACCUCGGACGUGGGCGCUCCGCCCCCGGACCUCCCGCCGCCCCCGCCCCCGCCCACGCCGCCCGCCCCGCCCUCGCCGCCCACGCCGCCCACACUCCACGAGACAGUGAGACCGUACACGCCGCGGCAGUUCCCACUAACAGAAGAUACUUACGCGAGCAUGGUGUCUGCGAUGCCGCCCGGUCACGCAUGGUGUGACUAUCUCCAUGACCCCAACGCUACCGAUGACCCCAAUGUCCCAGUCGAGGGACCCGAAUCGGAGCCCCGAUCGGGGUCUAUCACGUUAUCCCCCCUGUCACCUCUCUCACCAGCCGCCUUCGAGGGUGAUGACCCUGAUGAUAUCGAAUGGAACCCGGAAACUGAGAAAACGGAGCGACGGAAAAGUAGUUUCAGGUGAAUUUUGAUUGUUUUCACAUUGUGUUACGAGAACUUGCCAAUUUUGUAAUACUUUCGACAGUUCCUGUUGCUAGAUAACUGCUUUCAAUACUGACUAUAUCUUGUUUUGUUUCCAGUCAUUUACGAUAUAGAAACGUAUAUUGUGUCAAUCAAAGAUGUUAUAUUCCUCCAUACCAUUUGAUUUUUUUUUAUAUAAGUGUAAUCACAAGUUGCUUAGUAUGUUCAUGGGAAAUGAUUUCAAUUUAAAUUAUUUCUUUAUCACAUGGUACAUAAUGAAUGUUAUAAAAACAGUUGACUAUUGCCUAUAGACAAGAACAACACCACUACAAAAAAAAAAAUUAUUCAGCCAUUUUCGCAUGAAGGUCUGUUGUGUUUAAGUUUAUUGAAACAAUCGAAUUUUUAUGUUCACUACAAUCUUGUAGUGUGUUUACUACAACUUAUAAGAGACUAUUUCUUUAAUGGAAUAAGAGGUAUGAUCGUAGAAGUUUCUAUGAGUAAACCAGACCUAUGUACUUUAUAUUUAAAAUGAAAAAUGUGUAUAUCGAUUUUGGUGUCCAAUUGAUAUUUGCUCUAAAAAAAUAGCGGAAUACUCAAUGUUCUUAUUAUAUUACAAAUUUAAUAAAAUCCGCUAUUAGUAGUAAUAUUUAAUUUACAACUACUCGUCCCGCUUCGCACGGGUGUACAUAUAAAGCUUCCUCUUGAAUCACUCUAUCUAUUGCUAAAAACUGCAUUAAAAUCCGUUGCGUAGUUAAAAACAACUAAGAGAACUGAGGGCGGAAGCGACUUCAUUUUAUACUAUAUAAAAUUAGUAUUUUCAUCAAUUUGUUGAUAUUUAUUUUGCAAAAAAAAUGUAACAUGUAUUCGAUCUCUUGUAAAUAAAGUACAUGUUUAUACAUGUAUACAUUCAGUUCAAUAUAAUGAAUGUGUGGUAAUUAAUACCACAUGAAUGUUGGAUAUUUGUAAAUAUAAUUAAGAUGCUAACUUAGUUAUUAUUCUGCUCUAAGCACCGUGAACCUGACGACAAUAUAAAGUGAUCAAUUUAUUUUGCAGUUUUAAUUACUAUACAUUUGUAUAAUAUAGUUUUGAAUUAAAACAAAAAUGUAUUUGUUUUUUGAUGAUAAUUGAAAAAAUACCCAAAAUCACAUGGAGAAGGAAUUAUAUUGGGAAACUGUCAAGUCUUAAAGUUUAUUUAAAUCAAGCUUGAAGGCCUCGGUGUUCUAGCGGUUUAGCACACCGCCUCACUUCAGAUGUUCACUGGUUCGAUUCCUCGCGCUGUACAAACGUUUGUAUUCUUGAGUAUGAAUGUUUAUAUCGGUCUGGGUGUUUUCUAUGUAUAAUAUGUAUGUAUUUACGAGAUAAAAAUAUAGUUUUUUUUUGUAUCAGUAGUCUAGUACUCAUAACACAAGCUUUAGCGAGCUUAACUUGGGUCAAGACGGCGCUGUGUUAAUUGUCCUGAGACUAUUAUUAUUAAUCACAGUUUAUAUUGUUUGCUUGGUGGUAGUAGGGUU